AUGUUACGUCGGAUGCAAACAUUUAAAGGUUCAUUGCAACGAAUGGUGUCCACUUGGUCCCCGCUGACUACUGCAUUCAAUACUCGGCCGGAAAAGCGCAUAAAUUUCACAAAGACCGAAGUGGGUCUGUUUGGCAUACCGGAACUCAUAUCUCAUGAAGGAUUUUAUGUGCUCAAAGAAAAAGCAAUCUUCAAAACCGAUGACCUAAUAGAUGAAGCUACUUCUCCUGGUCGUAUCCGUAAAAUGGUUAUGAUCUUUGAUGAGCUUUCCAAUAACUUAUGCAAAGUAGCGGACCUGUCGGAGUUCGUUAGGUUAACUCAUCCAGCAGCAAAUUAUUGUUCCGCUGCUGAGGACGCAUGCAUUACAAUAAGUGGGAUUGUAGAGAAAUUGAACACCCAUAAAAAACUUUACAAUGCCUUGAAAACCGUCGUUGACGAUGGGGACAAAUUAGAAACAACCGAUGUCGAUAAGCACGUAGCCAGACUAUUCCUUUUUGAUUUUGAACAAAGCGGCAUACAUCUCGAGGAAGAAGCGCGGCAACGAGUGGUAUUUCUUAAUGAUUGCAUACUUCAACUUGGACAGCGUUUUAUGGCCGGAGCGGUGAAUGCGAGACGAAUUACAAGAAAUAUUCUUCCAGCAGCUAUUUUGCCCUUCUUUCCAUCUGACGGCGACAACAUUCUCGUUUCCGGAUUGUAUGCCGAUUCAGCCAACAGUAUAGCCCGUGAGUCAGCAUAUCGCCUAUUUCUUUAUCCUGAUGCGGAGCAGGAACAUCUUUUAUCGGAAAUGCUAAAAUGUCGUCACGAGCUUGCCACGGUUUGUGGAUUUCCAACAUACGCUCAUAGAGCCUUGAAAGGAAGCACUGUGGAAACACCGGAGAUGGUAGAUAUGUUUUUAGAUGCUCUCAAUGAACAGCUACGACCUCGUGCAGCCAAAGAUUUUGCCAUUAUGCAGAAAAUGAAAAAUUCAGAAUGUGGUGCUAAUGUACCGCUGGCAGCGUGGGAUACCCCGUACUACACUUCAUGUUUCAAACGCAAAUACCUACAGGCAAGUGCGUCCGAGUUUUCUCCCUACUUUAGCUUAGGAGCAUGCAUGGAAGGAUUAAAUCUAUUAAUGAACCGGCUAUUUGGCAUCAAUCUAAAAAAUAUGAGUUUGGAACCUGGUGAAACGUGGACCUAUGAUAUUUAUAAACUAGCUGUCGUACAUGAAACGGAAGGUUUACUCGGUUACAUCUAUUGCGAUCUUUUCGAGCGGCAAGGAAAACCAAACCAAGAUUGCCAUUUCACAAUACAGGGAGGAAAAGUAUUGUCUGAUGGGAGUUUUCAAAAUCCGAUUGUUGUCGUUAUGCUGAAUCUUUCCCAACCUCGUUGGUCAGGACCAACGCUUUUGACUCCUACAAUGGUGGACAACCUUUUCCAUGAAAUGGGACACGCAAUGCACUCGAUGCUCGCUAGAACGGAAUAUCAACACGUGACCGGCACGCGGUGUAGUACGGAUUUUGCGGAAGUUCCUUCGGUGUUAAUGGAAUACUUUGCAAAUGAUCCACGAGUUAUCCGGUCCUUCGCUAAACACUUUCAAACCCAGGAACCUAUGCCUGAGAAAAUGUUGGAGCGUCUCUGCACAUCCAAAUAUUUAUUUACUUCGAGCGAAACACAGCUACAAGUUUUCUAUUCUGCUUUGGAUCAGGUUUAUCAUGGUGACAAUAAUCUGCAUGGGGAAGACACAACUGCCACUCUACGAACCGUACAAGAAAAAUAUUACGGUCUCCCUUACGUAGAAAAUACGGCUUGGCAGCUCCGUUUUUCACACUUGGUCGGAUACGGCGCAAAGUAUUAUUCAUACCUCAUCUCAAAAACGAUUGCUUCGUGGAUAUGGCAAACUUAUUUCGAACAUGAUCCAUUCAGUCGAACGCAAGGAGAAAAAUAUCGCCGAGGUUGUCUUGCUUACGGUGGUGGUAUUCCUAGUCGUCUCCUAGUAUCAAAUUUUUUGGGACGAGAGAUCAGCCCCACGAAUUUAACAUCCAGCCUGAUUAAAGAGAUAGAUAAUUGUGCUGAACGUUUGAAAUAUACGGAUGAUCACUUUCGAUAGUACAAUUUAUCUU